UAUUUCCUUCCCCUAUUAAAUUCCAUCUCAUUAUUUAUCCUCUAAAUACCAACUUCCAAACUCGCCAGACUUGUAGCCCUCUCUCACUCUCUCUCUCUCUCAAAAUACGCAGACGCGUCAAUGGAUUCAAGCACCAACGAAGUAACCCACGAAUUCCCACCCUACUUCAAAGUAUACAAAGGUGGCCGCGUAGAGAGGUUGGGAAGGUUCGGAGGCAUCGACCGUGCUCCCACCGGCCUAGACCCCAAAACCCAGGUCCAAUCCAAGGACGUCGUUGUAUGCUCCGACACCGGCGUAUCGGCCAGGAUCUUCCUCCCCAAACUCACCGGCCCAGAUCACAGGCUUCCGCUCGUCGUUCACUACCACGGUGGAGCCUUCUGCAUUGGAUCGCCUUUCAGCCGGACCUUCCAUAAUUUUCUUGUAAAUCUCGCCUCCGAGGCCAAUGCCGUUAUUAUCUCCGUUGACUACAGGCUGGCCCCGGAGCAUCUUCUUCCGAUUGCACAUGAAGACUCGUGGGCUGCGCUGCAGUGGAUUGCCAACCACUCAAAGGGGCAAGGAGCCGAGCCGUGGCUGAACGAGCAUGCGGAUUUCGGACGGGUCUUCCUGGCGGGUGAGAGCGCCGGAGCCAACAUAGCCCACUACGUGGCAGUGCAAGCCGGCGCUACCGGAUUGGCUGGUCCCAACAUCGUUGGGACACUCAUACUGCACCCAUAUUUCGGAAGUAAAAACGGCGAAGACAACAUGUACAAAUACAUGUGCCCGACGAGCACGGGUUUUGACGAUCCGUUGCUGUACCCGGAAGUGGAUCCGAAUCUGGGACGUAUGGCCGGUGGGAGGGUGUUGGUUUGUGUGGCGGAGAAUGAUUGGUUAAAGGAUAGAGGGUUGGGUUAUUGCGAAACAUUGAGGAAGAGUAAUUGGGACGGGGCGGUGGAAUUAUACGAGACAGAAGGAGAGGGGCAUGGCUUUUUCCUGCUGAAUCCGACUAGCGACAAGGUUGAGCCCCUCGUGAAAGUUCUGGUUGAUUUCAUUAAGCAUCACUGAACGACUUCUUUUGGCUUCCCAUUUCUUCGGUACGUGGACUCUGGUCAGCUACGGCAGGCAUGAAAGAUAAUAAAUUUGGGUUGUUUGAUUUUCCCAUCGCAUUUAUGUAAUCGGUACUCUUUUACUAAGAAAUAGCUCGUUUAAA